AUGCUAUUGAAGGUGUCUGUGUUAUUUGCGGUCUGGUCUGUCGUCCGUACCUGUGAUGACGUCAACACCGUGGCCUGUGGUCAGCUUGACCGACUUAUGAACGUCUGUACUGAUCCGUGUUUCUCAAAUCUGUGUCAACGGUACUGUGGAAAAUGUCCUUUGAAAUGUUACCAUUGUAUGUCGACAAAUAUAACUGACUGUACAGAUAUAAUGGAAUGUCCAAAUAUGGAACACGCAUGCGUAAAUGAAAAAUACCUGACAAACAAUUUUACAUUUGGUUAUAAACGUGGAUGUGUCCAUAAUCAGGUAUGCAACCAGUUGUAUGGGACAGCCUGCUAUUCAGUCGGAGAAUGCAGUGACCAGAGAGGGUACUGUUGUAAAUCUGAUCUGUGUAAUAGAAACACGCCGUCACGAAGAGCAAGUCGAGACGUGCACACUCAGAAAGGCAACGUUGAUCAAAAUAGGAUAACGAAAAGGAUCAAUUCAGUGUGCCAAGAUGUCGAUUCCCACUCAUGUGUUCUGAUGAAGAAUUCAACAAAUGUCUGCUCCUUAUCCUGUUUUAAACAAGCAUGUCCCUUGACUUGUGGAGUUUGCAUUGAAUGUUCCUCAUGCAACCAUAUUGACAGCCCAGAAUACUGCAACGUGACUAAAAUAUGUGAUCCUUACGAGAAAUGCUUCACACUUAAAACGAGAUCAACAGAAGGAACAUUUGCUUACAAUCUUGGCUGUCUUCAUCAAAUGGGAUGUACCAGAUUGCAAGAAUCCCUCCCCGCGCGUGUCUUUGGAAGAAGUGAUAUCAUUUUCAUGACAGUUCAAGGACAAUGCUGUUCAAGUAAUCUUUGCAACAAAGUCACGCCAGCCCGAUUUAUAAUGCAUAUAGCUUCAUGACAGAUUACUUUGACACAGGAUUAGUGAGCUUGAAAGAUUGGCCGAGAAUUAACUAAACAGGCCUACAUCGCAUUGCUGUUUGAAAGAAAUACUUAAAAUCAAAAAGUAUUUUGAAAAUCAUUCUGAGUACUCCCACGUGUACAAAAUAUAGUAGGAGCCUAUAGAUAAGUUAAUCAGAAAAAAGGAA